GACGGUCACAUGACCAUCAGCUGACCACGUGUUGCAGCAGGAAGGAAGACAUCACAAGUUGUAAAUAUUCACAUUUAAACUACGGUUUUAGUUCGUGCUGAGUAAACCACAGCGUCCAAACAGACCGGAUGUCGUCCUCACCCUCCUCCACGUCUUCAGUCCCUCUAAACACGGGGGUUCAAAUGCCCCUCCUGGGUUUGGGGACCUACAAGCUGAGGGGUCCUGAGGACGUCCACCGGGCUGUGGAUGCCGCCUUGGCUGCAGGUUACCGUGCCUUUGACAGUGCAGCUGUUUACAAGAAUGAAGCUGACUUGGGUCGAGCCCUGAGGGAGCUCCUGCCCAAAUAUGGCUUGACUAGACAGGACGUAUUCAUAACCAGCAAGCUGGGCCCAAAGGAUCAGGGUGACAAAGCCAUGGAAGGAGCUCUGCACAGCCUGUCGCAGCUGGACCUGGGUUACAUUGACCUCUACCUGAUCCACUGGCCUGGUACUCAGGGUCAGCUGGUGACCGAUCAACGCAACCCAGGUAAUCGAGCUCAAAGUUGGGCCGCCCUGGAGGAGCUGCAUGACAAGGGCCAGCUGAAGGCCAUCGGAGUGUCCAACUACACACCAGCGCACAUGAGUGAGCUGAUGCAGACCUGCAGAAUCCCCCCUGCAGUGCUACAGGUAGAGUUUCACCCACGGCUGUGCCAGACAGAGCUGAGGAGUGUGUGUGACAAGUACGCAGUGUGUUUCCAAGCCUACUCCUCUUUAGGGAAAGGGGAGCUUGUCACUGAUCCCAGUGUUACAGAGGUGGCAAAGAACUGUGCACGCACACCUGCCCAGGUCCUGCUGCGCUGGGCUUUGCAGCAGCGUGUCCCAGUCCUCCCCAAGUCCUCCAAUCCAGACAGGAUAACAGAGAACGCUGAACUUUUUGACUUCACGCUGAGCAACGCAGACAUGGACCGACUGUCGGCUUUAGACUGUGGACACAAGUACUGCUGGGAUCCUUCAGAAGUGGCUUGAUCGACCACUAGUCUGCCUCCAUUGGGCCUUUUUUGUUGGUUUGUAAGCAAGACAACACAAAAAACAACAAGAUGGAUUAUCACAAAAUUUGGGUGAUGGAGGUUGUUUGGGCAAGGAAAGAAACAAUUAAAUGUUGGUGCAGAUCUGGAUCACAUGGACAAUCUAGGACUUUUUUCACUUUCUUUAACAUGGUGGAAUAACACAUGGAUCUUGAUGAAUGAAAUCAGGCACAUAUAGGGAACUGAUAUCUAUGAGUGUGUUCAAAUUGGUGCAGCUUGAUUGAAUUUUGGGGACUGUUGGUGGUGCCAUUGCGGAGAAAUGCACUCUACUGAGUACCAGUAUAGUUUCCAGCGAUGCAAGCAGUGGGAAAAUGGAUAUUUCAACACAUGCAGCUCAGUUAAUUACGUUUUUCUGGGUUUAUACAUUGGGUUGCACUGACGAUUCAAGCUGACGUACAUGUAAUUACUGAGAUGAUUCAAGAGUUCAGUUAUCAUGUUUAUAUUGUCUAGGAAGUUGCCUUGUGUGUUGUGUCCCCAAAACUGAGAGCCCUCUUAGAAAAUACCUAAUGAUUUGUUGCCUAAUCGUCAAAUGUUUAAUAACUAUAAAAUAAUAUAGCUUUAUAUAAUAUAGUUCCGUUGCCUCUUAUAAUGGAGUAUUAGGGCUUUAUGAAAUAAAUGUCAUAAUAUUACAACAAUAAUGCGAAAAUAAACUUUGCUCUGCAUCUUGUAGCUUCUAAAUUAAUAAUCUUGAACAAAUCUCAUUGUUUGUCAAGAAACUACAUAAGCUCUUUGACUAUCACACAGAUGUAACCAACAAUGGCAGCUGUUGACAGUCGACCGCUACCCAACAUUUCCUCCUCCACAUCAGAGGCCAUUUCUGUUUCUAUUUUUGCAUAUGAAUGGAUUUAAAACAAUCCAAAGCUUCCUCUGCACUGGAGAAUUUGAAGGAACUGCAAGAAAUCCACUCUUAAAAUUAUUUAUUUAGGACAGCAUAUACCAGAAGUUAGACAGCUGUAGAGAAAAUACAUUUACAAAAGUCAUUAGAAAUGAAUCAAACUAAAAUAAGAAAAAAGGAAUAUUACAAAUUCAGUUUUCUCCAAAAACACAUCUCUAGAUUCAAGUAAUACUAAGGAUGGUUGCAGAACUCCAGCUGCCACGCUAGGUUUUUCCUCGGGUGUGUUCACUGUCAUAAAUGUUUUCAAAGUCAAAACCCUUACUGGUCACGUGACUUCCACUGAAAUGCCCUUUAAGGCUAAAAAUGUGUCCCCUCGCGGUUGUGCUAGCAAACGCACCUCCACGUCAUUGUGCGUCUUUCUUGAGGUCAAUGACUGACAGCGAGCUGUGAAGAUUUAAGGCGUUUGAUAAGGUUAAGAGACAAGGCCGGCUGUGUGGUGUCAGGUCGUGGGUUACAGCAUGUUCAAGGCAGUUCAUAAGAAGAUUUAUACUCUUUAAAAUUUCAGCUGAUCUUUAUUUUAAAGAGUGAAGCGGUCAUAUCUGGUCCCAAGCUCACAACACCACACAGCUGCUAACUGUAGUACUUGUAUAGGUAGAUGUACAGGAAGAGACAUGUUUGAAGUACUGUUCUCACCUCAACACUCAUUCCUGACUCCGCUGUUUAUAUUUAAUAUCAUUAAACAGUGGAGUCACUCGUUUUUUGAGCAGUAUGACUCAAACUGAAUAUUCUAACUGUAUUCAUUGUGUUAGGAGCUUCAUACCAGAUAUAUCAGUCAACUCAUCAUGUUACAAAAACACACAGGAGACUUAGACAAAUCUUAGAAAAAAGGGUAGAUGUCAUUCAGGUUUGUAUCAAAAAAGCUGUAGCAAAGUUGAUCUUUCAAGACGAUAACAAACGCAGCCCUUGACCUGCACAGCUUGGCACGCCACAACUCGACCCUACGAGUCGAGCGCAAGACACGAAGAGAACAAACCUAUUUCCAAUAAUCACACAUUUAUACACAAAUCACAAAUAGCCAAAUCAAUUACUGAGCUGUGUAGAGGGGCGGAUCAUAGUUGUAUAAUUAUUAAUAUGAGCAAUAAGAACAUAAAUAAAAAGGUAUUUUGGAGUUUAUGUGCCAAGGAAUCUUCGAAAGCCAGUAAAUAUCAUAUAAAUUGGUAAUUAGAUCAGCACUCAACGGCUUGAUUCCAUUUUAUUCACACCUCAAUGCAGGUCAAAGUCGACACCCCCUCCCCCGACAUUUAAUGCUUAUAUAAACGUGAUAGGAUUGUGAGUAGUAAAAGGGGCGGGACGCUGAAUCUGUCCUCUAUUUUUACUGGUUACUGAGUAAAUGGGCCCAACGGCUAGUGUGUUUAAAACCUUGUACAGCAGUCACUCCAUCCCCACCCACAGCUUUUAAAUAAGCACAUAACAUUGAUCACAACAGCCAUGGAUUGUACAUUGCCUAUUGCUGGGUUGGCCAGACUUUUAAAAUAGGAACGCGUGAAAUUCGAUUCUAGCUAAAAACCAAUGCCGCGUUUAACCCCUCGUCCAAUGCCAUUUGAUAAAAUAUUAACACAAUAUUUACACAUAAAAUUGGCAGUCUGUUUUAUUUUAUUUGCUCAGCCAAGGCUUUAAAAAGAUAGAUUCAUAUUGGUUUGUGCUUUCUCUUUUUUAUACGUCUGUUUAAUGUCCUUUCCUUCCGAUAUAAUCUAACCCUGAAAUUGUAGAAAAGAUAUUUCUUUUCUGCAUUGUCAAAGAUUGUCCUUGUACAAGAUUGUUCGUUUGAUCAAUUUGAGAUAUAAAGCAGUUGAUAGUCGAGUACAGUGAUUGAAACGGUUCUGGUAGCAGAACAGGAAGUUGGAGAAAGGCCCCCUGAGUUGAAUACUUACAGAAAAUCCUUCCUUUUUUACCCUCUCUCCUCACUUCUGUUGCCUGAAGAUUAUUUUGGCACAAUACAGGGAUUUCUUGUGCGAUUAAAGCGCCAACAUUUGAAGUCAAACAAGCAUCACACAAACUGCUGGCAUUUCCUCAAGAAAAUGAGGAAGGAAGGAAGUUCUAACAGCAUUCAAGGUGGUCUCAAAUAGUCACGUUUUGUUUUCAGCACAUUUAUCUCUCCAUCUACAGUAUAUUGCAUAGUGUUGAUGUGAGAGACAACUGAAAAGAUUGAGUGUCUUUUACUAACUGAUAGUUCACCUUUCUAGACCCAUCCCAUAUUCUUUUGUUGCGAUUUAAAGAGGUCGUCUCUCCUCUCUCGGCCCGUCCUUCCAUCCGUUUGCACAGUGGGUUUGGAAAGCCACAAGUCAGUUCUCAUGCUCGUCUCACAUUUGACCAGUUCACAGUGAGCUGCCCAACAGUGUUGUUCACAUCACAACCAACAAAAAACACACAAUUUAUAUCAAUUUAGUUGUAAAAUGUACAUGACUGGAGGCUUUAGAACCUCAGUACUAUGUACUGCUUCUCCCGUUAAGCCAUGCCUUUGUGUUUGGAGUCUCCUCCUUUUGAUCAAACCAACCUUUCUUCCAUUCCUACUCCGAGCAGAGCUCACUGUUCUCAUUCACAAUUGUUCACUUGGCUUCCCCGUUGCUUUCUUUUUGUUCCCAUCGAUUCCCUCUGUUGCUCUUAUAUCCACUCGCAGUGCCUACUCAGUGCGGUGAGUUUGGUUCUCAAGGUGGUUGUUCUCUCCCUCCAUCUCCUGGUGACUGAAGAGGUAGCUCCACCAGCUUUUAGAGUGGUGCAACUGGCCGGCCGUCCCGGCGCUUU